ACAACAACAACAACAGCCAAGCGGAUAAUUUCGCCACGCACGCGCGCGCUCGCUGCUUUGCCCCGCACCGCGCAAAAGGCAAGGAAGGGUUGCAAUGCCCCGGGAAGCGGCGCGUGCAGCCCCGGGCCCUUGGCGCGCGCCGGAGCCGAGCUGCCUGCAGCUGGCCUGAAUCUGCUCGCUGCUGUUGCUCCCUCGCCACCCCCCCCUUCCCCGCCGCCACCGGGUUUCCCGGCUUUGCAAUCCUAUUGCACAUUCUGUCCUGGCGGCGGCGCCCCACUUUGCAGCUCGCCAAGCCGGCGGAGCGCGGAGGCAGCGAACAUGGCGACAGGGAGAAGCCGCGCCGGGGAGCCGCGCUCUCCGCUCCGGGAAACGGCCGCCCGGCUGGCGAUGCCGCCGCCGCGUCUCGCUCUCCUCCUCCUCCUGCUCUCCGCUUGCAGCCUCCGGCCGGCCGAGUCCGCCGGCAGGACCUUGCGGCUGCACGCCGCUUUCACAUCCCGAGCCCAGGACCGGGGCUUCGAGGUGCUGCGGGCGAGCAGUCCCGAUGGCACAGUCAGGCAGCCGACGCCGGGCGAGAUGCUGCGGAGCAAGCGGAGCGCCAACGCCGCCGCCCAGCAGCAGGAGUCCAUGAAGGUGUACGGACAGGUCAGCCUGAAUGAUUCCCACAACCAGAUGGUCGUUCACUGGGCUGGAGAGAAGAGCAACGUCAUUGUCGCUUUGGCCCGUGAUAGCUUAGCCUUCCUAGGCCCCAAGUUAAGUGAUGUUUAUAUUUCUUACGACUACGGGAAAACCUUUAAAAAGAUAUCGGAGAAAUUCAAUUUUGGCCCGGGGAACAGCAGCCAAGCAGUGAUUGCUCAAUUCUACCACAGCCCAGCCGACAACAAGAGGUACAUCUUCGUUGAUGCCUUCACUCAGUACCUCUGGCUUACCACGGACUUCUGCAACACCAUCCAGGGCUUCUCAAUUCCGUUCAAAGCGGCAGAUCUACUUUUGCACAGCCGACUCCCAAACCUCAUCUUGGGAUUUGACAAGACCCAUCCCAACAAACAGCUCUGGAAGUCGGAUGAUUUUGGGCAGACGUGGAUAAUGAUUCAGGAGCACGUGAAAUCGUUUUCCUGGGGUGUUGAACCGUAUGACAAACCCUACACAGUUUACAUCGAGCGGCAUGAGCCUACCCGGGCCUCCACAAUCCUCCGCAGCACCGAUUUCUUUCAAACCAGAGAAAACAAAGAGAUUCUGCUCGAGGAGGUUGAAGACUUCCAGCUCAGGGAAAAGUAUCUGUUUGCAACAAAAUCUGUGCAUCUUUUAGGGACGCAGCAGCCAUCCGUUCAGCUUUGGGUAUCCUUUAACCGCAAGCCGAUGCAAGCAGCCCAGUUUGUGACGAGGCAUCCCAUUAAGGAAUACUAUAUUGCGGACACAUCUGAAGAUCAGGUGUUUGUGUGUGUCAGUCACAGUAACAACAGCACCAACCUCUACAUCUCUGAAGCGGAAGGCCUAAGGUUUUCGUUGACUUUGGAGAACGUCCUGUACUACAGCCCUGGAGGAAUGGGGAGUGACACUUUGGUCAAGUACUUUGCGAACGAGCCCUUUGCGGACUUCCACCGUGUGGAGGGGGUGCCGGGGGUCUACAUUGCCACCUUGAUCAACAGCUCCUUCAGCGAGGAGAACAUGCGGUCUGUCAUCACCUUCGACAAAGGUGGGACUUGGGAAUUUCUCCAGCCGCCAGAGUAUACUCGCUACGGCGAAAAGAUAAAUUGUGAGCUUUCCAAGGGCUGCUCUCUUCACCUGGCCCAGCGGCUGAGCCAGCUCCUCAACUUCCAACUGCGCAGAAUGCCCAUCCUCUCCAAAGAAUCAGCUCCGGGACUGAUCAUCGCAACAGGAUCUGUGGGCAAGAACAUGGCGAGCAAAAUGAACGUGUACAUUUCAAGCAGUGCGGGGGUCCGGUGGAAAGAGGUCCUGUCCGGACCCCAUUAUUACUCAUGGGGCGACCAUGGAGGGAUCCUCAUGGCGGUAACACAGGGCACAGAGACAAACCAGCUCAAGUACAGCACAAACGAAGGGGAGACCUGGAAGGUGUUCACCUUUUCGGAGAAGCCGGUCUUUGUUUACGGCCUCCUGACGGAGCCUGGGGAGAAAAGCACCAUAUUCACCAUCUUUGGCUCUUACAAGGAGAAUAGGCACAGCUGGCUCAUCCUACAGAUCAACACCACGGAUGUGCUUGGGGUGCCUUGCACUGAAAACGACUACAAACUGUGGUCCCCCUCUGACGAAAGAGGCAAUGAGUGUCUCCUGGGACACAAGACGGUCUUCAAAAGGCGAACUCCCCAUGCGACUUGCUUCAACGGUGAAGACUUCGAUCGCCCAGUCAUGGUCUCCAACUGUUCUUGCACCAGAGAGGACUAUGAAUGUGACUUUGGCUUCAAGCUGAGCGAAGACUUGUCAUUGGAAGUUUGUGUACCAGACCCUGAAUUUGCUGGCAAACCAUCUUCUCCCCCUGUGCCGUGUCCCAUUGGUUCAACUUACAAGAAGACCAGAGGUUACCGCAAGAUCUCUGGAGACACUUGCUCAGGGGGGGACGUUGAGGCUCGGCUGGAAGGGGAAUCUGUACCAUGUCCAUUAGCAGAGGAGAAUGAAUUCAUUCUCUACACCACACGGUACUCCAUCCACCGAUACGACCUCUCCUCUGGGAUCAGCGAAGAGCUGCCGCUGACGGGGCUGCGAGGGGCAGUGGCGCUUGACUUUGAUUAUGACCGCAACUGUUUGUACUGGGCCGACGUGACGCUAGACAUUAUCCAGCGCCUGUGUCUUAAUGGGAGCUCGGGACAGGAGAUCAUCGUCAGCACCGGUCUGGAGACUGUCGAAGCGUUGGCCUUUGAACCCAUCAGCCAGCUGCUGUACUGGGUGAACGCUGGCAUUCCAAAAAUCGAGGUCGCCAACCCAGACGGAGACUUGCGACUUACGGUGUUGGAUUCCUCUGUGCUUGAACGGCCGCGAGCCUUGACUCUGGUACCUAAAGAAGGGCUGAUGUUCUGGACAGACUGGGGGGACUCCAAGCCUGGCAUUUACCGCAGUGAGAUGGAUGGCUCUUCCCCGACUUGCGUUGUCUCCGAGGGAGUGAGGUGGCCAAAUGGCAUUUCGGUGGAUGAUCACUGGAUCUACUGGACGGAAGCCUACAUGGACAGGAUCGAGCGCAUCGAUUUCAAUGGCUUGCAGAGAUCGGUAAUCCUAGACAGCCUCCCGCAUCCUUACGCCAUCGCUGUUUUUAAGAAUGAAAUCUAUUGGAACGAUUGGUCGCAGCUGAGUAUUUUCAGAGCCUCCAAACACAGUGGGUCCAAAAUGGAGACAUUGGUUGACCAUCUCAAUGGUGUGAUGGACAUGAAGAUCUUCUACCGAGGAAAGACAGCAGGGCAGAAUGCUUGCAUCUCUAAGCCUUGCAGCCUUUUGUGCCUCCCAAAAUCAAACAACAGCCGAAGCUGUAAAUGCCCCGAGGGAGUUGCCAGCCAUGUGCUCCCAUCUGGGGAAGUGAGAUGUGAUUGCCCGCCUGGGUAUCUCUUGAAGAACAGCACCUGUGUAAAGGAAGAAAACACCUGUCUCUCCAACCAGUACAGAUGUUCGAACGGGAAUUGCAUCAACAGCAUUUGGCAGUGCGACAACGACAACGACUGCGGGGAUAUGAGCGAUGAGAAGAAUUGCCCAACCACUGUGUGUGAUGUUGACACUCAGUUCCGGUGCCACGAGUCGGGGACCUGUGUACCGCUGUCCUACAAGUGUGACCUGGAGGAUGAUUGUGGAGACAACAGUGACGAGAGCCACUGCGAAACCCACCAGUGCCGCGAGGAUGAAUUCAGCUGCAACUCAGGGAUGUGUGUUCGCCUGUCAUGGAAGUGUGAUGGGGAUAACGAUUGCCGAGACUGGUCUGAUGAAGCAAACUGCACUACAGUGUACCACACUUGCGAAGCCUCCAGUUUCCAGUGCCAUAAUGGGCACUGCAUCCCCCAGAGGUGGGCGUGUGAUGGUGACGCCGACUGCCAAGAUGGAUCUGAUGAGGACCCCACCAACUGUGAGAAGAAGUGCAACGGCUUCCAGUGCCCUAACGGGGGUUGCAUCCCUUCCAGCAAGCGCUGCAAUGGGGUCCGCGACUGCUCUGACGGCUCUGACGAAGAGCAUUGUGAGCCCAUCUGUACGCGCUACAUGGAUUUCGUGUGUAAGAAUCGGCAGCAGUGUUUGCUGCGUUCCAUGGUUUGUGAUGGCACCGUGCACUGUCGAGAUGGCUCAGAUGAAGACUCUGCCUAUGCAGGAUGCUCCCAAGACCCUGAGUUCCACCACACUUGUGACCAGUUUAGCUUCCGGUGUCAAAAUGGUGUGUGCAUUAGUUUGGUGUGGAAAUGUGACGGCAUGGAUGACUGUGGGGACUAUUCCGAUGAGGCGAACUGUGAAAACCCAACCGAAGCCCCAAACUGCUCUCGGUACUAUCAGUUCCAGUGUGACAAUGGGCACUGCAUCCCUAAUAGGUGGAAAUGUGACAAAGAGAACGACUGUGGCGACUGGUCCGAUGAGAAGGCCUGCGGAGGUUCAGCUGUCGUCCCCGCCACCACCUUGGCCCCUGCCACGUGUUCGCCUAACCACUUCCGGUGCAAUGGCGGUGCUUGCAUCAUGAACAGCUGGGUUUGUGACGGAUACCGGGACUGUGCAGACGGCUCUGACGAGGAUGCUUGCCCCACGACACCAAUCGGUGCAACUUCAACAUCGCCCAGUGUCCCCGGACGCUGCAGUCGAUUUGAGUUUGAGUGCCAGCAGAUGAAGAAAUGUGUCCCAAAUUGGAAGCGCUGCGACGGCUUGAGAGACUGUCAGGAUGGCACUGAUGAGCUGAACUGCCCUACUCACAGCACCUUGUCGUGCCCUAAUGGGUUCAAGUGUGAAGAUGGAGAGGCUUGCAUCACAAUGACGGAGAGAUGUGAUGGGUUCCUGGAUUGCUCAGACAGCAGCGACGAAGGAAACUGUACCGAUGACACUCUUGUCUAUAAAGUGCAGAACCUCCAAUGGACAGCCGAUUUCUCCGGCAACAUCACUUUAACCUGGACCCGCCCUAAGAAGAUGCCCCUUGCAUCCUGCGUCUACAAUAUCCAUUACAGGAUGGUUGGUGAGAGCGUCUGGAAAUCCUUAGAAACCCACAGCAACAAAACCAACAGCGUCUUGAAAGUCCUGAAGCCAGACAGCACGUACCAGGUCAAAGUUCAGGUUCAGUGCCUGAGCAAAGCGUACAACACCAACGACUUCAUCACCUUGCGUACCCCGGAAGGACUGCCAGACCCUCCCCGACAUCUUCAGUUGUUGCUGAAGAGAGAAGCUGAAGGCGUUGUGGUUUGCCAGUGGGCACCACCAGCGAAUGCCCACGGCCUGAUCAGAGAAUAUGUUGUGGAAUACAGCAGAGCUGGUUCCAAGGAAUGGUCGUCUGUGAGAGCCACCAGCAACUACUCGGAGAUAGAGAGCCUGCAGGUCAACAUGUUGUAUACAGUCAGAGUUGCUGCGGUAACUAGCCGUGGAGUGGGAAACUGGAGUGAUUCCAAAUCCAUACGAACCGUAAAAGGCAAAGUUAUCCCACCACCUACGAUCCAUAUUGAUAGCUACACUGAAAACUCCAUAAGCUUCACCCUCAAAAUGGAAGCUAACAUUCAGGUGAACGGUUAUGUUGUGAAAAUCUUCUGGACUUUCGAUACCCACAGACAAGAAAAAAUAUCCUUGCUCAUUGAUGGGGGAAAGUCGGCACAAACUGUGAGUAACUUGACUGCUCAGACACAGUACGAGAUUUCUGCAUGGGCCAAGACGGAGCUGGGGGACAGCCCUCUGUCUUUUGCCCACGUGUUGACCAGCGGCACACGACCACCCCCUCCCAGUCUGAAAGCUAAAGCUGUGAAUCAGACAGCGGUGGAGUGCAACUGGACUGGCCCCAAGAACGUGGUAUAUGGCAUAUUUUAUGCUACAUCUUUCCUGGAGCUCUACAGGAAUCCUACCAAUGCCACCACCACACUGCACAACAUUACAGUCAUUGUCAACAGAGAUGAGCAGUACUUAUUUCUGGUACGUGUGAUAUCCCCAUACCAAGGGCCGCCUUCCGAUUACAUCGUUGUGAAGAUGAUUCCUGACAGUCGCCUCCCCCCUCGGCACCUUCACUCUGUGCACCUGGCAAAAACCUUUGCGGUUAUCAAGUGGGAGUCUCCUUACGAUUCUCCUGACCAAGAUAUGUUGUAUGCUGUAGCAGUGAAAGAUUUAAUAAAGAAAACAGACCGGAUCUACAAGGUGAAAACUCGCAACAGCACCGUGGAGUAUACCAUCAAGAAGCUGGAACCCGGUGGCAAGUACCAUAUCAUCGUCCAGCUGGGAAACAUGAGCAAAGAGGCCAGUUUGAAACUUAACACAGUUUCCCUGGCUGCACCAGAUGCCUUAAAGAUUAUAGCAGAAAACGAUCACAUCUUGUUGUUUUGGAAAAGUUUAGCCUUAAAAGAAAGUCAUUUUAGCGAAAACCGGGGGUAUGAAAUACACAUGUUUGACAGCGUGACAAAUAGCACGUCAUACCUGGGCAAUACCACGGAGAACGUCUUCAAAGUCUCCAACCUGAAGAUGGGGCAUAAUUACUCCUUCACGGUGCAAGCAAGGUGUCUUUACAGCGGGCAGGUGUGCGGGGAGCCUGCAACGCUACUUUACAACGAAGUGGGAAGCGGCAGGGAUCCUGCUGCAUCCACCAUGAGCAAGCCUACAGACGUGGCUGCCAUUGUGGUGCCGAUGUUAUUCCUCUUGCUAGUGACAGUGGGCAUAGGGUUUGUUGCCUUGUACAUGAGGCACAGAAGACUUCAGAAUAGCUUCACGGCCUUCGCAAACAGCCACUACAGCUCCCGACUGGGGUCAGCAAUAUUCUCAUCAGGCGAUGAUUUAGGAGACGAGGACGACGAAGCGCCGAUGAUCACAGGCUUUUCAGACGAUGUCCCCAUGGUGAUAGCAUGAAGAGCGUUUCUGACUCUGGAAACCAAAAUGGUGUAAAUAUUUUAUUUGAUAAAAAAGGAGAAAAAACACAGUCAACUGUUUAUUUUAAAACAAUAUACAGUAUAUAUAUAUAUAUAUAUCUGCACUUUUGAGUUGCAAUAUGUUAUUUUUGUAUGGCCGGAAAAAAAGAAGAAGAAAUAAUUAUUACACUUUGUAGUACACAGCUGUGAACUUUCAAAAAACCAGGUUGAUUUAGUAACAAUUUCUGUUUCUUUGUUUCCCUCCCAUUUCCAACCUUUAAUUUAGUCUUACAAGGCUGUGCUUGCUGGGCAUGCUUUUAAGUCUGUGAGAUAAUUCUCUCCCCCACCCCCUCGUCCUUGUUGACUUUGACUCUGAUCCUCUGAGAAGUUGUGCGUAGUCAGAGAGAAGCCGCUUGAUGCUCCUUCCAGCUUUGACAUGAUACCAUAGAGUUGGUUGUGAAGAAUGGCAAAAGUUUGGCUGCCACCGACAUGGAAGCACCGUAUUCAUCUCCCCCUCGUAAUGUGUCAUAUUGGAAAGGCAUGUGACCUCUACCAUCCCUUCCCCCAUAUCGCUGGCCCCCACUGCGCUGGGAUAGGGGCAGGUCACGAAGUGGGGAGUCCCAGUACUUGGGCUGCAGCAUGCCACUUCCCUCGCCACUGCCCCUCUUUCCCAUACACAACUCAGUGGUUCACUGGCGCCCCCUGGGAUGCAGUAGCUGCUUGAGUUAGCCUUCUGUCAUCACGCGGGCCAUUCGUCGGCUUCAGAGCUUGUUCCCCAGCCUGAAGAACUUGGUUGCCGGAGGUAGGAACGCUUCUGAAGGCCAGUUGCUAGAAGCCACAGGAAGGGAGAGUACUGUCAUGCUCAGGCCCUGCUUGCUGGUCUACCAUAGUCAUCUCGUUGGCCACCACGAGGACAGGGUGCUGGUUUAGAUGGGUCACAGGCCUGAUCCAGCAGUCUCUUGUGAGGAGACAUUUCCUGGCCUACUCUCCUGCUUCUGUUCCCUGAUUUGCUGUCUCAGAUCAUUUGGGGGACCACAGAACUGCUACCUCCCCACCGGAUAAAUUUCUGAAAGCCCACCUGCUCCUUGACACAGUUUCUGACCGUUUCCAAUGCUUGGCCACCCAGAGCGUAAUUGGGGAACCCUGCAGUGUUGUGCAAUCACAUCAUGCAUUUCCAUUACUGCACAUUACCAGGGAAGGGGGACGAAGAGGGCUGUUUUCAUAGCCCUGUUUCUAGUUUGAAUGAAAGAUACGGGGGCAAGGAAGGACUGCUGAGAGGUUCCUUUGUGGCCUUCGUUAUAUGGUGGUUAUGCAACCAAAGUGGGUAAGGUGGGGCAACAACGAUGUCUUGCCCAUUCGCUAUCUUAGGGCACACCCCUGCCCCCCAAAUGCUGCUGCUACAAACCUCUCUUCAUUUCCAGAGGUCUUGCAUGAAAUCCUUACCCAAUCCCACGAGGCCAGCAACUAGCAGAACCACUUCUCUCAGGAUCAGAGUCCAAACUAGCUUCUUUCUUUUUUCCUAGGAGAAAAUUUUAUUUUAAUAAAUUCAGGAAAAUAUAAAUAUAUAUCUAUAUAUAUAUAUAUCUAUGAAGAGAGAUUCCUGAAGGUUUUAACAUUGGCUUAAAAAAAUAUUUGGAUCUUGUUUUAUAUGAGAUUUUUUUUGUUCUGUUUUAUUAAUUUAUUAGGAAAUCUGCUUUUGGUCAGAGUUCCAGAAUUCUCAGUCAUGUUGCACACUUAUUGUGUGAGGAGAUGUGCCACUUUAACCUUUUGCAAAAUAGUCGUUUCUUCCCUCCAACCCCUUAUGUGUCUUGUAAUUGAAUCAGGUAUUACUGCCAUAGUAAAAGAAAAGAAAAAAAAAACAUUUUUAUCUUUCAAUACUUUUCCAUGCUUUAGGAGAAAACAAAACAAAAAAAGCGGGGAGGGAGGUAGAGUGUGAGACUUGUUGAUUUGUAAAACUGAGGGCUAAAAUAGUUUCUGCAAAGCACUUAGUACACAUUCAUGGAAGCAAAAAAAUAUAUACAUAUCUAGGCGCACAAAGGUUCAUUCACUGGUUAACUUUUCUGUUUGUGUGUUUUUAAUGCAAGUGAAGAUGAUGAAGUCCUGAGUGCACCCCAGUGCAGAGGUAACAGCUCUUGCAUGAUGAGGAUUCCCCAUUCACUCUAAUGGAAGGGGCAGUGUCCAUGAUAGACCACUUUCUGCAAGAAGAGCUGCCUGCUCCAUGUAGGCCCUGUGCCUCCAUAUGCACUUGAGAAACUUCUGGAUCAGGGUUAAACCCUCCCACGUUUGUUUGUUUUUUACAUUCAAUGGGUUAUGGGAAUUUGGGGGCCACCUGCCACCUGCUUGGAUCAUUCCCAAUAAGUGGGGGUUGUAUCCAAUGCAACGAUAAGCAACCCAUUCCAUUAGUUCAAGGGUUUACGUUUGCGCAAUGAAACUUCCCUAUGUGCCUGCCAAAUCUGGGUUUCCCCUUCCAACCCUCUGGGGCAGAUUUGAGGAGGGCACAUUGCAUGUGGGGGGGUUGGAAUCCCCAUGUGCAACUGUAAAUCCUUGAGGACAAGGGCAUUUGGGGCUGAGUAGGAGUUGCAGACUUAGCAUAGCUAUGCAACUUUGGCUCCAAAGCCAAAUAUCUGGUUCUCCUUGUCUUGUAUUUGUGUGAGUUACAAUGUGGAUUCCAUCAUUAAAAAAAACAAAACAAAACAAAACAGUAGGAAGAAGGUAUUGCUUAAGAAUUAGGUGCCCCGCACAAAGGCUGCUAAAAUUACAGCUUCCCUGUGUCCGACAGGGUGCAAACCCAGAUGUGUGCCUGCUCAAAAGUUUCCUCUCCUUGCCUAUGUUGCGUGGCCCUGUUUGACCUUUGGUGCAGUUCGGACAUUUCCAAAGUAUCCCGUGUACUAGAGGACCAGGCCUGUUUUCUGUCCUUCUACCUUACAACUAAGCCAGGGGCCAAUUGCUGCCCUCUGGACCUCUCUAUCUGGCCGUCAAGAUUCUCUGCAGGCCUCCUAGUCAGCCACACCCCUACGGGCCCUGCUCUGCACCCUCCUUGAGUGUUUUUGCCUGGCUUGAAUGUGUCCUUAGCUCUGUUCAUGCCACCUCCUUGCUUGGAUGGAGGAUAGAGACAGGUGUGCGUGGAAGGAUGCAGGAGGGUAGCCUAAAAUCUAGAGGUGGACUCUGCAUUCAUUGCUCUUCCCACUUCUUCCAGGCUGAAAACACUUCCUCACUGCUGAUCUAAUUUUAAUGCAUGGUACAAGUGCUCCAUGGGGCGGGGUGUGUGUGUGUGUGCCCACACAUACAACAUCCUGCGUCAAGUGACUGUUCCCCCUUGUUCUUCUCUUUCCCCCCUAUCUUGGGGAAUAAAUAGUGCGAUUUGGGCUGUCACAUAUGCAAGCAUCCAUGCUGAGCCCCCACAUUGCAUGGAUUAUGUGCUAUGGCGGGAAGCAGAAGUACGGGCCGGCUCUACCAUUAGACAGAGGCUCUCACCACCCACUAAGUAUUGAACAGUGGUUCUAAAAACUAGCAUAAGGGGCAAUGGGGUUUUUUUAAACCACCUGCUCUGCCAAAGCUCUUUUCAGCAGCCUAGGAUAGGGGAUUGCAACAGUCCACAGCCCUGUUUUGCUGACUUGGGUCGCACCUCCCCAAAUUCUGCAUAUGCAAACCUAGUCGAGAAAUUGCAAAGCUUCACAUUUCUCAGAUGCAAACAUCCAUACCGGUUUGAACCAAAUAUAUAUAUAUAUACCGUAGAUUCCGGCGUAUUAGGCGACUGGGCGUAUAAGAUGAUCCCCGAAUUUUUAGAGGAUUUUCCGGGGUUUAAAAGUCGUCUUAUACGCCAGAAUCUAUGGCAUAUCUUUGCUGCAUAUAACUUAGUCUUCCUAGGGCUGGAGUGAAUAUCAAACUGGCCAAGCAUGACUUGGAUAAGCAAUCUUAAACUAUUCCCACCAUGCCUUCUCCGUAACUGAUUAUUAUUUUGCUGACAAUGGUGGGCUUUCCCCCUCUGAUUUUUGCUGUUUUGACCUUUUCUCCUUCUACGAAGAAGCACCUAACGGUUACAUUUCAGUAAGCGUGGAAGGUCUGCCAACGUUAUACAUACAGAUGUUCUUCCCUUUUCAAGUAAACUCAGCAAUAGCCUGAAGGAGGUCAGAGCUAUCCUGAUCUUGUGACUCGUUUGUGUGCUGUGUUUGAAAUUGACCCCUCGUAGGUUAUCUAUAAUGAUUACGUUGCGGGAGGUUGGACUUGGAUGAACCUUUGGGUCCCUUCGAACUCUGCAGUUCUGUGAUUCUUACACUAGAUGAGUGGUCUUCGCAGUUUCCAGACUGACUUUACUACCGAGGAACCCUGAACCCAGUCACAUAAAUUGGAGAUGCGUUGCAGAGAUGAUGCAUUGGAAAUAGGGUCUCGUUUCAAACCGGACGCUAGCAAGGGAUGCCAAGAACUGUAAUGGUCUUUUGUCCUAUUGUCAGCAUACCAUAGCCUCAGCUGUAAAAUAAGUUUGUGGUGGUACAAACUGGGUGUCGACACACAUCCAUCUCCUUUGAAGUGCAGGAGCUUCACAUAAUAGAGAGGCUUCGAGACAUAGCUCUGGGAUAGCUUAGCUGGUAGAGCGCGAGUUUCUUAAUCUCAGGGCUGUUGGUUUGAGCCCCACGUAGGGCUAAAGAUUUCUGUAUUGCAGGGGGUUGGAUUAAAUGACCCUCGUGAUCCCUUUCCAACUCUAUGACUCUUAUCUUAAAAAGACAUGAUUAUUUUUUUAAUGUAUUUUUUGCAUAGCAUGGAACAGCAGCUCGUUAAGUAUAGCUCUGAAAGAUGUGAUUGUUUUUUGUUUAAAUAAAUUGCAAGCACCACA